CCCCCUCGCUGCUGUUGAUCACCACCAUGGCUUCGACCCAGAUCUCCGGAUCGACACUGUCGCUCCAUGGAGCCCCGAACAAGACAGACCACGAACAGAACACCUCCGACCCGUCGAGGACGGCUAUCUUGGUUAGAUUGAAUGAUCAGGUCAUACGUGACUUGCAACAAUGUGCCCACGCGGGCAAGGCAGUGCAAUUGCUGGGUGGAAAGACACCGCUGUUGGAGUUGAAUGUCAGACCCGAGACGUUUCGCCAUGAAAUCUACUCGACAAACGACAACAGCAAUCAGCUUGGCUUUGCCGCCUUUGUGUCGCAUCAUGCAGAACUCAGAGCGCCCGUCGAGAAGAAGGCUCAAGAAGACAGUGCCGGUGCUGAGGCCGCCCUGGAGGCUCUGAAGCAAUCGCUGGCGACGACAAUAAGUAGCUCCGUGGCCGCUGGUGGCAAAAACUCCAGAUACCUUCAACCCUCUUCUCGACCAACUUCCCUCGCUCAACGCACCGCUUCUUCGUCGACCACCCCUCGGCCUGCCGCACCCACUUCUGCUCCUUUCGACCCUCACGCCCAAGCACGAGAGAAGGGCAUGCGAUUUGCUGUCAUACACUUGCUUGCCGUCAGACCUUUGUCCGAACAAGAUAUCCACCAAAAGACUCACAUCCCCAAGGCUCAAUUAUCAUCACUGCUUCCCAAUAUUGCCGACAAGCAAGGGCUCACCUGGGAACUCUCCAACAAACCGUACAAAGAGCUUGAUCCCUGGACCUUCAAAUACACCUCGGACCAACGGAAGUUGGCAAUUGACCACGCGAUCAGAGCUUUCGACAGAGCCAGGAUACCAAAGGACGACAAAGCCUGGCAAGUUCUGCUGCCCAAGGAAGAGCGUAACAAAGGCAAGAUCCUUUCACGCCUUCAUCUGACUGCCGAAAGGUCGGACCAAGCUGGCACACCUGGUCUUGCUUCCACUCCUGUUCACACAAGUGCAGCUGUCACUCCAAAGCUAGGAGGUACCGGAACACCUCGUGGCGGAAGCGGUGCUACUGUGACCGGAAGACCUGCUGCUGGUUUCUCUAUCGAAAAGCGUUUGAAGGAGGCGAAGAAGAAGGGCGCCAUGGAAAAGAAGAAGCAAGAGAAAGAGGCAAAGGAGGCCGCUGCUGCUGCAAGCGAUCGCGAGAGCAAGCCCAGAAAUGUGACCGCCAAAAGACCUAUACCUCCCAAGAAGGUCCCUUCAAAGGUCAAAUCUGACGAAGUCGUCCACAGCUCGGAUGAUGAGGAAGAAGGUGAGGUCAAAGAGGAUUCCACCUUGAAGAAGAGUGCCGCACCCAGAAAGGAGCCUCCCAAGCCGGCUCCCAAGGCACGACCUGUGGCAACAGAGAGACGCGAUUCCUCGGCUAGUGAGGCCCCCGGAUCAACUAAGGACAGCAAGACACGACCCAAGCCAUCGACUUCUGACAAGCUUGUCGCCAAUUCUGCCACAAGAAAGGACAGCGCAAUCUCCAAGGUCAAGCCAGAGGCUCCGUUGCUCUCCAAAGCUGCUACUCUUCCGAAGAAACUUGAGGGUGCAACAGCAGCACACGCCGCUACGAAAUCGAAGGACAGUCCGGCUCAAAGACCGGUCAAAUCUUCCUCAUCGACGCAAAGACCCAACGUCAGCCCACGAAGACUGACAGACACAAAACCCAAGGUGCCUUCACCUCUGGGUACGAGUCCUCCGAGAAAUGCAUCUGACCAUGCCGAAAAGCCAAUCAAACAACCGCCCAAACCGUCAACAAAUGCUGCCAAGCCAGUCAGACCUACACCCACAGCGAAAACCUCCGAGCCUUUGAGUUUCUUCGGUGGUGUCAAGACCAGCUCACAAUCAAAGAUUAUCACCAAANAACGUCCUCUUGAGUCUGACACUGAGAGCGUCGAACCAGCAAGAAAGGUUGUCAAAUCUACCACUUCCACUCCAGCGAAGACUUCAACCGGAGUUGCAACCAAAUCUUCGGUGGUGAAUGGCACUGGCAAACAAGCAGUUACCAAAGCAACAUCUGCACUUUCCGCUGCCACAGACAAAUCCCUGAAACGUAAGGCCAAUGACCUCUCUUCUGGCUUACAUGACCAUGCCGCACCUCCUUCGUCCAAGCACCGCAAGACCGACUCAGGAAGCACGCACUCGCACACAGCCACAAGUUCGUCGGUCGCAUCUCUUACAACUGCUCCCACUGUCUCACCUCACUCGUCUCCUGCGGGCUCGGAUUUCUCAGACGACAAUCUUGCUGGCAUUCUGAACGACCAAUACGAAGGCGGAACGCUCACAUGGGAACAGACUCGCGCUGCGGCUGAGACUUUCCGGAGCAAGUUGUAUCCAGAGUACCUCAAACUGUACCGCCGUAUUGAGCAGACACCCAGCGACAAGGUUGCAAAGGAAGAUACCGUGCGCUUGUGGCAGUUGCACAACCGUCUAGAGGCCAUCAAGCAUCGUAUCGAGGUCGCUUGUCGUAAUGGUGACAAGGGAGGAGCA